UAUGUGUUUGUUUCCUGCAGAUGUUAAGCUGGUUGGUGAUGGUUAAAGAAGACCACACACCCUGUGCUGUCCUGCAUGACCCAGAGCCCCACCACAUAAAGGAGGAACAGGAGGAGGUCUGCACCAGUCUGAAGGGAAAGCAGCUCCAUCCAAAAGAGGAGAUUGAUGCCAUGGAGUUUCCAAUCACUGCUGCUCCCAUAAAGAGUGAGGAUGAUAAACAAUCCUCUGUUCUCUCACAGCUUUAUGAAGAACACAUUAAAGACGAGCUUCCAGUAGAGAAUGAUGGAAGGGAAGAAUCCAUGAGGAUACAAGAUCAUAAAGAUGGCUCCAUUUCCUUAAAGACUGGGGAGGAAAAUGAUACAAAGCUCUCCAUUGCGGAGCCUCAACAUUUAUCAGCCUCUGUUCUGAUAAAGACGGACCUGGACAUUGACUGGAAGACGGUUACAGUUCCUGAGACAGAUAGAAAGAUGGCUGAUAAACCUUCUGUAUCGUCUGAGUUUGCUGAACAAUUAUUUCAGAGUUGCUGUCUUUCUCACUCCCAAGAUAAUAACAAGCAUUUUAAACAAAAAGCAAAUUUAGACUCACCUGGGGAUGCACAAAAGGGUUUAAAGUGUAGCUGUGAAAUCUGUGGAGAAUUAUUUGCUAGAAAAACCCUUUUAAAGCAACACAUGAGAAACCAUAUAGGACAGAAACAUUUCCUUUGUGAUACAUGUGGACAUAAAUUUAUCUAUAAAUCAGCUUUAGACAAACACAUGAGAAUCCACACAGGACAGAAACCUUUCUGUUGUGAUCUAUGUGGGCAAAGGUUUAGCCAGAAAUCUACUUUAAAGAGACACAUGAGCGUCCACACAGGACAGAAACCUUUCUGUUGUGAAGUAUGUGGAAGCACUUUUACGCUUGAAUCAACUUUAAACACACACAUGAGAAUUCACACGGGACAGAAACCUUUCUCUUGUGAUCUAUGUGGCCACAAAUUUAGCUAUAAGUCAGAUUUAAACAGACACAUUAAAAUCCACACAGGACAGAAACCGUUCUGUUGUGAACUAUGUGGACAAAGUUUUAAUCGGAAAUCAAAUUUAAUCACACACAUGAAAAACCACACAGGACAGAAACCUUUCUGUUGUGACAUAUGUGCACAGAGGUUUAUCUAUAAAUCAGGUUUAAACAAACACAUGAGAAUCCACACAGGAGAGAAACCUUUUUGUUGCGAUGUAUGUGGACAAAGUUUUAGUCAGAAAUCAACUUUAAAAACACACAUGAGAAUCCACACAGGUCAGAAACCUUUCUGUUGCGAUAUAUGUGGAAACACUUUUACCCUUAAAUCAAAUUUAAACAAACACAUGGGAACACACACAGGGCAGAAACCUUUCUGUUGUGAUCUAUGUGGACAGAGAUUUGGGCACAAGUCAGCUUUAAAAACACACGUGAGAAUCCACACAGGACAAAAACCUUUCAGUUGUGAUCAAUGUGGAAAAAGUUUUCGACAUGUUUCUGCUUUAAAUACACACAAGGUAAUCCACACAGGACAGAAAAGGUUUUGUUGUAAUCUAUGUGGACACAAUUUUACCCAGAAGUCAACUUUAAACACACACAUGAGAAUCCACACAGGACAGAAACCUUUUUGUUGUGGUAUAUGUGGACAGAGCUUUAGCCAUAAAUCAGCUUUAAACACACACAUGAGAAUCCACACAGUUAGGAAAUCUACUUAGCUAUGAAUACAAAGUCGAACUGCACAAUAUUUGUGCAUCAUGAUAAAAAGCAAGUGUUCACUGGGUUUCAGCGUUCAUUUCAAAAUUUACGAUGAAUGUUUUCCUGUUUAUUAUUUUUUUUAUUAAAAUCUCAGAUUUCUUCAGUUGGGCUGGGGUUCCUUUGCCAGGCUUGUUUAGGUAAAAUUUAUCCUUUGGAUGUAUAAUUUUAUGGCAUCAACGAACAUCUUUUGACUGAAUACUUUAUUUUUAAACAUUAGCAUUUGUUUAAGGGCUAAAUGUUUUUGUUAAAAGAAUAUAAGCAGAAAACCAACAUUUGUAAUGGAAAUAAAAAAACUUUUACAGGA